AUGCCAAAUUUGAAAUAUCUUGAUCUUCGAGUAAAUAAUAUUCCUUCUGAUUUAUUUUCUUUUGGUAAUAAUUCAAAUCUGGAAAUACUACGUUUGGGUUAUCAAAGUCGGCAAUACUAUUGGUAUACGAACGAACAAACAAGAAUAACAAACAUAUUUCCUGAACUUCAAUUAUUGGAUUUAGAAUAUGCAAAUAUCAAUAGAUUGGAAACAAACAAUCAAAUCAAUUAUUUGCAUGAUGAUACAUUUGAACAAAUAACCAAUCUUCGAUAUUUAAAUCUUCUGUUCCAAUUGGAAUACCCUUAA